AUGCCGAAGAGGAAGGGUACGGACAGCGAGGCCGACGUGGACGCCACCAAGGAGAAGGAGGAGGUCAAGGAUGAGGAGGCCGAGACUGACGAAGUAGCGAACACGAAGACGAAGAAAUCGACGACCAAGAAGGCCGCUACGACGUCGAAGAAGGCGAAGAAGGCUGAUACGACGGUCGAGCCCCGACGAAGCGGGCGAUCGAGGCGUGGCGUGGGACCCGAUCGCUACUCGCCGGCCGCGGGCAAGAGCCGACGAGCGCGACCUGCAUCGAGCGACGAUGACGAUGAGGACUACGGGGUGAGCAGCCGACGCAAGGCGCAGCUGGCGGCCGCGGCCAAGAGGAAGAAGAAGGCCGCCGCCGAAGCUGCCAAGAAGAAGAAGGCCGCGGCCAGCAAGAAGAGGAAGCGAGAUGAGAGCGAAUCCGAAUCUGAAGAGGAAAGCGAGGAGGAGAGUGAGAGUGAAGAAGAGGAGGAGGAAAGCGAGGAGAGCGAGAGCGAGGAAGAGAAGAAGAAGUCGAGCAAGAAGGCUAAGGGCAAGCCGGCCGCCAAGAAGCAGAAGUCGAGCGGUGCGGCCAAGCUGGCCGACGACCAGGAGGACGCCCUCAACGGCAUGAAGGUCGAUGAGCUCAAGGAGCGUCUGCGUUCCAACGAUCAAGUCGUCACCGGUUCGAAGGGUGAGUUGAUCAGCCGCAUUCGUGACUGUGUGAAGAACGGCUGUCUUCCUCGCUGCCCCACGUGCUUCGGCGGCCGGCUGAAGAAGCAGGGCAAGGGCUUCUACUGCCCGGGCUCGUACGACGAUGACAAGUUCGUGCGAUGCAAGUACAAGUCGGACGACUGCGAGCGCGUGCCGUGGAAGAACGCCGACGGCCAGCCCAUCUAA